CCGGCCUCGAAAAACGCAGGAUCAGUCGGUGAAAAGUCGCCUAUGCUGCCAGUUUCGUGUCCCACUAGUGAUCGCUUCUAUUUACAUUUGAUUAACAAUAAAAUAGUUUCACAUAUAACAGUCAUAAGAAAAAACGAAAGUUAAUCUAGAUUUUUAGUGAAUCCAAUAUAAUCACGAAAAUAUUAGUAAUUUUAAAUCACAUUGUUCUUCAAAAAUAAACAAGGUGUAUUAUAUUUGUGUACGAUGAAAGAAGAGAUGCACAUGUUUACUGUACUUAAAAUUUCAAUUUUCUUAUUGAUUCUUAACAAUGUUUACUGUCAGAUGCAAUUGUACGAGCAAUCCCGUCGGCCUUACUACUAUUACAGAAGCCUUGACAAGCAACCUUCAGUGCCUCGCAACAACGAUUCCGAGGCCCGUACUCCUUUAAGAAUUGCUUGGGGGUGGCCUUUCAACCAACAGAACAGGAAGAAAGAUGAUACCGAUGUGUUGCCGAAUGACAAGUUCAUUUAUCCCGAUGAUGUAUUCGAUAAACCUAAACUCGGACCAGCUCCUUCCUGUAAUGGACAAACAUUCUGCGAAGACGUUCCGGAUUACCCGACGUAUUUAAUAAAUGAUGCAUUCAAAAAUCAGAAAAUUACACCUUACCAAAGCGUGGACCAAAUUGAUCUGACUUUCCGGUUGAAUGAUUUUACCGGCGAAUCGCUGUGUAUAUCCACUGAGCAAGUCAUCUACCCGAAAUCAGCAGAAAAUGUAAACAAUCAAUGGUUGUAUAUCGUAAACCAUCCCAAUUAUACCCAAGGAGUACGGAUCGAGACCUGCAGGAAAAUGGGCGAAGGAUGCAGGCUGAUCGAAGGGUUCGCCGAAGGUUACACCACUUCUUGCGAGCAGAAAUACAUUCACCGAGAGCUCGCAGCGAUCGUUAAAGACGGUUCGAUUAGUCGUGAAUUGUUCCGAUUCCCAGCCAGUUGUUGUUGCCACGUUCAAUUUGUCGGCACCUCCCUCCGAAUGAGGGAGGAUAGAUCUAUCGAGAACUUACAACCCUGAAAACAACAUAAGCAUAGAUCUAAUUAAUCUAAUUAUUUAACACCAAUUUUACCACUUUUGUAUGCUUCUUCUUGCCUGUAAUAUGAAAAUUAUUACUAUUUAAUUUGAUUAAUGCUGUCGAAUCUUCUGAGACUCGUUAAUAUAUCAUCAUUGCAAAUGUCAAAAACUGUUUCCUAUUCUUAAUGAAAAUAAUAAAU